GCAACACUGAGAGCUUGCUUAGGUAAUAUGCUGCUACUUAAGAGCUUAACGGUGCCCUCACGCAGACAACACUCUUCCACCCUACUCACACUCUCUUCUACCAUAUACCCGCCUUCUUCCAGCUAUUCAGCUUUCCCAACAAAACAAAAACAAGUCUUCCAGAACACCUGCAUCAAUAUGGUGAACUGGACGGACCCCGAGAUGAAGGACCGGCUUCUCGACGCCAUCAUCGGCAGUAUCGACGUCACCCUCAACAAUCACGAGAUCGCUCGUCUCUUUGGCGGCGAUGCCACGGUUUCUUCCAUCGAGAAUGCGUUGAGGAAGCCGAAGAAGCGCGCUAUCGCUCUCAAAGCGGAGGCAGACGCUGCAACCGCCGCUGGUCAUGUCGUCCCGGCGACCGCUCCCCGCGUCAAGGCAAAUGCGGAGGCAGGUGUCAAGAAGCCGCGCAAGCAGGCAUCUUCCAAGGCCCCCAAGAACGGAGGUGUCAAGUCCGGCCGCGUCACUAAGACUAGAGCCGCAAACAAGAAGCAAGCCGCGAGCUCGGAGGAGGAAAUGGAGGAGCCUGGUUCCCCAACUUCUUCGUUCGAGGUUAAGCAGGAUCCGGACCAAGUCUAA